UCUUGCUGCAUCACAACCGCCGCUAGUAGCUCCCUGGCUAUUUGCACUGACCGGGGGACAAUAUAAUCGCAUAGCUAAUUAGCAUAAUAAUAACUCUAAAGAUAACACUAGCUAACAUCACCACAACAGGAGUAAUCUACGGAAACGAUUUACAUUGAGCUAUCCCCUUGGAACCACUGGGACAUGGCCAGGCAAGAUCAGGUCCUGCUCUUGGAGCCACAGCACGAACUGAAAUUCCGAGGUCCCUUCUCGGAUGUGGUCAACACCACCCUAAAGCUCGCCAACCCCACAGACAGGAAUGUGUGCUUCAAAGUCAAGACGACGGCCCCGCGCCGUUACUGCGUCCGGCCGAACAGUGGCGUCCUCGACGCCGGCACCUCAAUCAACGUCUCAGUGAUGCUGCAGCCUUUCGACUACGACCCCAACGAGAAAAGCAAACACAAGUUCAUGGUGCAGUCCAUGCUGGCUCCCCCCGAAAUGACAGACAUGGAGGGAGUGUGGAAGGAGGCAAAGCCAGAGGAGCUGAUGGACUCCAAACUGAGGUGUGUCUUUGAGCUGCCGGCGGAGAACGAGAAAACGCACCAGGACCCGGAUGCCAACAAGAUGAUGUCGUCCAACCUGCUCAAGUCAGAGUCCUCCACACUGUCCAUGAAGUCCAUGAGCUCCACCCUGGACGACGGCGAGGUCAAGAAGGUCAUGGAGGAGUGUAAGAGGUUGCAGACGGAGGCACAGCGGCUACGGGAAGAGAACAAGCAGAUCAGGGAAGACGAUGGCCUGCGGAUGAGGAAGAGCAACGUGUUGUCCUCCUCCCAGCACUCCUCCCACUCCAUGGUGAAGGAGGAGGGGCUGAGCCUGCGCACGGUGGCCCUCAUCGUGCUCUUCUUCGUGGUCGGAGUCAUCAUCGGCAAGUUGGUCUUGUAAGAGCAAGCGGCGAGCGAGAGACGGCCAACCGCAUGCUUUCAGGGGAUUGAAACAAACGGAUUUGGGAUUUUUUUUAAAUUCAGAAAUGCCAUAUCAAUGGGGUAGUUUUGAAUCGUUCAUUUAUGUACAAAUAAAAAAAUAUACAAAUCAAAAAUUCAUGUUAUGAACAAACCAACGAGAGAAAAAACAACAACAACUUGUUUCAAGAUCUCUUUAAUCAUAACAUAAUCAUUCUGGCCUACGCCACAGAUACAGUAGGAGCAGUAGGAGGGGGUAAAAUGCAGAUCAUUGAUAGUCAUUGAAGCAAAGGAUUUUCUAAACACCGUGGGGGGGGGGGGGGGGGGCUUGCGAUUGAGUCAGUUUGCGUUGUGUGAAUGAAUGUUUUCACGGAUUGUAAUUUCUUUUCGCAAGUGGCCAGAGGCCGUGGGCAUACUCUGUGUAAAGAAUCCAUAGUAACCCUGGAGUAAAGUAAUGCCAGGUGGGCAGCACUCUGUGUAAAGAAUCCAUAGUAACCCUGGGGUAAAGUAAUGCCAGGUGGGCAGCACUCUGUGUAAAGAAUCCAUAGUAACCCUGGAGUAAAGUCAUGCCAGGUGGGCAGCACUCUUUUUAUCUCACCUCCUUUACAACAUAAUUGACAGAGAGGCUUCAGGAAGUAGAUGGGGUUAUGCACAGGGCUACUGUCAACCAAACUGACUCUUCCAAUCAGAGGCCUUGUAUAGACCGUCUCCUCUGUGAUUGGGGAACAUCCUUAAUCGACCCCCCUCCGUCUCCCCAUUCUAUGUUUUUGCAAGCUAGAAUAUUUUCCCCCCUCACCUUUUGAUCAUAAAUACCUAAGUUGGCAGUAUAUUCUUGAUUGCAUGCAUCCACUAAAGAGCAUUGCAUUUUUUGGGACAUUUUAAAUUAACUUUAAUUGCUUUCAUCAUUGUCAUGUUUCUUUUCAGCCUUAGGUUUUCUCAACUCAAUCUUCAGAUUUUUUUUCCCCCUUUCAUUUUAUUUUAUUUUUUCAUUUUUGUGAUUAAGUUUUUUUGGUUUUUAGGGUUUGAGGUAUUAUUAAAAAAUGUAUGCAGCUAAAUGAACUCCGGAUGGGUUGGGACUGAGUCACUGAAUAAACUACUUACCUUGUGACUGUUAUUAGCAAGUUACUCUGGAAGGAAAGAAGGGAGAGAGGGAAUGAGGGAAGGUACAUGUAGAAAUGAGUUUUGCUGAGGUUUACCUCAACAAUAAUACUGCUGUCGGUAUUGUCUGUUUUCUUUUUUCUUCUCCAAGCCGUACAUUUGUUGAUCUGUCAGGCAGAACUGUCAUUUAAAUGGUUUAUGCUGUCCGUUCACUAUGCUGUGACUGUCCACGUAACUCUUAAAGAACCUUUCUCCAACUGUAUGGUCAUGGUCAUUGGCUUCAUUCACCCCACUACGGUCAGCAUCGAUAGGUUUGGAUCUUUGUCUGUUUGUUUCACCGUUAUAGCCAUCACUGCCCUCAUGUUCAUUUUAAUGCACUAUAUUCUCAAUAAUGUUUUUUCCCAGUAUCUAUCAAUGUAACUGUUUUGUUAGUUGACGUGUCUCUGCAUUUAACUCACAAGAAAACUAAAACAUACUAAACUAUAUCCUGAAGGG